AUGAGGAAUGGGAAACUGGAAUUUAUCAUUCACUUUUGGAUUGGAAAAGCAAAGGCGGACGAUAUGCGAGGAGAGCGCGAGGACAAGGCGGUGAAGCUGAUGUUUCUGCACAAUGAAACCACUGUGGUCUUCCGUGAAGUCGAAGGCCACGAAUCUCCUCAUUUCAAAAACUAUUUUAAAGUCUUCGGGUAG